AGGGGUCCUUUUUGUUGCACGAGGACACCCUCAUGCCUUAGUGGCUGUCGUCUGCUACAGUUCAGACUGAAAAUACCAAAAUAUAACUAUUUUCCAGUAUGGACAGUGAUAACAAUUCAACCGCGGAGGCUGGCGCUGCUACGGAGAGUAGAAACGACGAAGAUUCUUUCACAAAGGUACAGUCUAAGAAGACUCAUAAACGAAAACGUGAACAAGAUGUGGCGGAUAUGGACACAGAGGAGCCCGUGGCAAGCAAACGGCCACAGUUUCCCCCAAUUUCAGGCGACAAAUUAAAGGGACCAGAUGAGAUGCGAAAAGUCCCUGUCCCAGCUCACAGAUACACUCCACUGAAGGAAAACUGGCUGAAGAUUUUUACCCCAAUAGUAGAAAACUUGCAGCUUCAAGUUCGAUUUAACCUCAAGACAAGGAAUGUGGAAAUCAAAACUUGCAAAGAAACACAGGACAUUGGCUCUCUCACAAAAGCAACAGAUUUUGUCAGAGCGUUUGUACUGGGUUUUCAGGUUGAAGAUGCCUUAGCGCUGAUCAGAUUAGAUGAACUUUUCCUUGAAAGCUUUGAUGUCACUGAUGUGAAACCACUAAAAGGAGACCACUUAUCCAGAGCUAUUGGAAGAAUAGCAGGGAAGGGAGGAAAGACCAAAUUCACCAUUGAAAAUGUCACAAAGACUCGCAUCGUGCUUGCAGACACGAAAGUCCAUAUUUUAGGAUCUUUCCAGAAUAUUAAGAUGGCCCGGACAGCGAUAUGUAACUUAAUCUUAGGAAGUCCACCUUCAAAGGUCUACGGCAACAUCAGGGUGGUGGCAAGCCGGACAGCCGAGAGGUUCUGAAGGCUUAUUGACUGCAGUAUAUGUCCAUCGUUUUCCUACAUUGGCUGGUAAAUUCCCACUAUGGUGUGGGGUGACAAAUGGGACUGUGUGACACUUCAGCCUUCUCUGUUCUGGUCUCAUGGUUUGAAUCAGUUGAUCCAGAAACAUGAAGCUAUGUCAUGAUACUUAAAUAAGAAUAAAAUUAACUGUAAGCAUGAACUUGUGUAAAUAAAUGAUUUUGAUCCCUA